UCCCCGAGCCAGGCUGGAUGAGCCGGGAGCUCCGCACUGCUGACGCUCAGACCCCAGCCUCCAUCCGCAUCCACAGGCCGUGACUGCCGCCGCCGCCGUCCACGGGAGCCCCGCAGCCCCUCCCCGCUCAGCCCUCGGCCAGUGAUCCCCGGCCUGGCCCCGCGCCCCCGUGCCCACUUCUCCUGACCCCUUGGCCGCCACCUCAGAAGGCUGGAGCAGGGACGCUGUCGCUCCAGCUGCCUGCUCCCCUUGGGUCCCCGCGAGAGCCCACGCCGGCCCCGGCGCCCGCCUGCAGCCCUGCCCCUGGACACCGGCUAAGGCCCAGCACACAGAUCCCCGGGUGGACAGCAUGGACCGCGGCACGUUCCCCCAGGCCGUCGCCCUGCUGCUGGCUCUCUGCAGCCUCGGCCCCACAAGUGUUGCAGAAACAGUCUAUUGUGACCUACAGCCUGUGGACCCACAGGUGACAUACAUCACCAGCCAGGUUUCUGAGGGCUGCGUGGCUCAGAGCCCCAAUGCUACCCUGGAAGUCCACAUCCUCUUCUUGGAGUUCCUAAAGGAGGUGUCGGCGCUGGAGCUGACUCUCCAGACGUCCAAGCAAAAUGGCACCCGGCCCCGAGAGGUGCUCCUGAUCCUCAGCACUAACAAGACCAUCUUCCUGAAGUUGCAGGCUCCAGGAAUCCCGCUCCACCUGGCCUACAACCCCCGCCUGGUCGUCUUCCAAGAGACCACAGAGGUCAACACCACACAGCUGCCAGCCUUCACUACCAGGGGUGAGCUGCUCAGCUGGGCGGAUACAAAGGGUCCCGUCACCUCUGCUGCCGAGCUGGACAAUCCUCAAAGCAUCCUCCUCCGCCUGGACCCAGCCCCGAGGUCACCCUCUUCCUGCAGUCUGGAACCCCACAAGGACAUGGGCCACACACUCGAAUGGAGCCCUAACGCCCAGGCCUCCGUCCGGGGCUGCCGCUUGGAAGGUGUGGCCGGCCACAAGGAGGCGCACAUCCUGAGGGUCCUGCCGGGCCCAGAAGCCUGGCCCCGGACGGUGACCGUGAAGGUGGAGCUGAGCUGUGCUUCGAGGGAUCCUGACGCCGCCGUGCUCAUCCUUCAGGGUCCACCCUACGUGUCCUGGCUCAUCGACGCCAACCACAACAUGCAGAUCUGGACCACUGGUGAAUACUCCUUCAAGAUCUUUCCGGAGAAGAACAUCCGUGGCUUCCACCUCCCAAACACAACCCAAGGCCUGCUGGGGGAGGCCCGGAGGCUCAAUGCCAGUGUAGUAGCAUCCUUCGUGGAGCUCCCUCUGGCCAGUGUCGUCUCUCUGAGGGCACCCAGCUGUGGCAGUGGGCUGCAGCCCUCACCCACACCGGUCCAGACCACCCCUCCCAAGGAGGGCUGCAACAAGGAGCUGCUCCUGUCCCUGAUCCAGCCCAAGUGCUCCGACGACGUCAUGACUCUGGUACUCAACAAACACCUCAUCUCGACCCUGAGGUGCACCGUCACGAGCCUGACCUUCUGGGACUCCAGCUGCCAGGCCGAGGACAGAGAUGACCAGUUGGUCUUGCGCAGCGGCUACUCCAGCUGUGGCAUGAUAGUGACAGAAAACAUGAUCAGUAACCAGGUGAUCGUCAACCUCCUGUCGAGCUCAUCACCACAGCAGAAAAAGGUGCAGUGCAUCAACAUGGACAGCCUCUCCUUCCAGCUGGGCCUCUACCUCAGCCCGCACUUCCUCCAGGCCUCCAACACCAUCGAGCUGGGGCAGCAGGGCUUUGUGCAGGUGAGCGUGGCCCCAUCGAUCCCUGAGCUCACGACCCAGCUGGACAGCUGCCAACUGAAUUUGGGGCCUGACAUGGAAAUCGUGGAACUCAUCCAGAGCCAGGCAGCCAAGAGCAGCUGUGUGAGCCUGCUGUCCCCGAGCCCUGGUGGUGACAUGCGCUUCAGCUUCCUCCUCCGUGGCUACAUGGUCCCCAUGCCCACGACUAGCAUCCUCAGCUGCACCGUAGCCCUGCGUCUCAGCACUUCCUCCCUGGACGUCCAGAGGACUGUCUCCACACGCCUGAACAUUGUCAGCCCUGGCCUGCAUGACAAAGGCCUCGUCCUGCCCGCCGUGCUGGGCAUCACCUUUGGUGCCUUCCUCAUCGGGGCCCUGCUCACCGCCGCGCUCUGGUACAUCUACCUGCACACGCGUCACCCCGGCAAGCGGGAGCCCGUGGUGGCGGUGGCUGCCCCGGCCUCCUCGGAGAGCGGCAGUACCAACCACAGCAUCGGGAGCACACAGAGCACCCCCUGCUCCACCAGCAGCGUGGCGUAGCGCCCAGCCUGGAGCCCCGGGGGCCGCCCGGC